AUGCGCCGACGGUUCGAAGUCGGUGCCAAUGUGGACAAGGAAGGCCAUGCCUGUUGCGACGUGAAGAAAUGGGUUCAACCAGAGAUCUUCGGCUCCAAAGCCUCUGCCACGGCCACCUUAAGUUCCACCGCCACCACAGCGCGCGAAUUUUCGCUGCGCCUGAGCUCCCCAGUGUGGCGCGCUUCCGGGGAUCUUGAGGUGUCCCGAAAAAAGCGGGAAGAAACGGCCUCCGGAUAUUCCAGCAUUUGCACCCAGGGCCUUUUUCGACUGGGUGGUGGUCUGAAUCAACUGGGCUCCUGGCGACUGGAUGCAGAUUGGUCGCUGAGGGAUUUGGACCCUAAAGGAGCUCCACAGCAUUAUCCAUCAAUGCAACUGCAACAAGAGCAACUGAGGUCAAUGAAGACCAGCCUGAAGUAUACCACCAGUCGAUAUGCGGAAGUAUUUUCUGGCCUCCUGAAUGCCAAAGUUGCAAUGGAGGUGGCUGGGCCACCGGGGAAUGUGUCAUUCCUGCGGGGCGAGGCAACAGUGAAAGCUGGAGUUCCUUUCAAUGCCCUGGGGAGACUCUGGCAAGGCCACCUUUCCAUGGGCUGCGGCUUGCUGUUGCCAGCAGCCAGAAGUUGCCUACAGGAUCGGUUCCAUCUGGGUGGUGCUUCCGGCACUUCCUCACUGAAAGGCUUCAAAGAGCGGGGAGCAGAGCCACGAGAGCUCUGCGCGCAAAGGACCUUGGAGCUUAAGGAAUCCGAUCGACACCAAGAUGCUCAGGGAGGUGAAGCAAUGGCCUCUCUCUUUACAGCAGUGUCCACUCCAUGCCACUUCUUGCGCUUAGAAGGUGCUCAACUUUUGGGUUUCCUGGGCUUCGGCGUUUUGCAGCGGUCCUUGCAUUCCCGAGGAGAAAUCGUUCGAGUGUCUGCCGGCUGUGGCAUCACUCUGCCGUUGGGGCCGGGGAGUUUGGAACUCACCUUUGCGCAGCCGUUGCGGAGCGGUGCAGCAGAUGUGUUGCAGAGGUGGCAACUUGGCCUCAGGCUUCAUAUCGAGGAUUAAAGUAUGAUUAAAGUGGGAGCUUGGAAGACUCUUGGAAGAUUGGCCAUGAUUUCCAUGCCAAGACCCAGGAACAAGUUGCGAACCGCUUGCUGAAAAGGGCACAUCGAUGAGACUCACGGUCGCCUGUGAAAA